AACAGAUGAAUUCCACACUUUUUCAUGGCUCCUGAAAAUUUCACCUGGGUCACUGAGUUUAUUCUCACAGGUGUCUCAGACCGCCCAGAGCUCCAGAUCCCACUCUUCUUUGUUUUCCUGGUCAUCUAUGGGCUGACCAUGGCAGAGAACCUGGGCAUCAUCACCCUCACCACUGUCGACUCUCGACUUCAGACCCCCAUGUACUUUUUCCUCCGGCACUUGGCUAUGGUCAAUCUUGGCAACUCUACUGUCAUUGCCCCUAAAAUGCUGAUCAAUUUCUUAGCAACGAAGAAAACCAUCUCAUACUAUGAAUGUGCCACCCAACUGGGAGGGUUUUUGGUUUUCAUUGUAGCUGAGGUUUCCAUGCUAGCUGUGAUGGCCUAUGACCGGUACGUGGCCAUUUGUAACCCCCUGCUCUACAUGGUGGUUUUAUCCCGCCAGGUCUGCCUUCUGCUCGUGUCCCUCACUUACCUCUACAGCUUUUCCACAGCUAUUGUGAUGUCAUCGUCUGUGUUCUCUGUGUCUUACUGCUCUUCCAAUGUAAUCAAUCAUUUCUACUGUGACAGUGUCCCUCUGUUAGCAUUGUCUUGCUCUGAUGUUUCCUUUCCAGAAAUGAUCAUUUUUGUAUCUGCAGGUACAAACUUGGUUUGUUCCAUGACUAUAGUUCUAGUAUCUUACUUCAAUAUUGUUCUGUCCAUUUUAAGGAUACGUUCAUCAGAAGGAAGGAAAAAAGCCUUUUCCACAUGCGCUUCACAUAUGACAGCAGUCAUAGUGUUUUAUGGGACACUAUUAUUCAUGUAUUUGCAGCCUCGAAGUAGCCAUUCAUUGGACACGGAUAAAAUGGCUUCUGUGUUUUACACACUUGUGAUCCCCAUGCUGAAUCCCAUGAUCUAUAGCCUGAGGAAUAAGGACGUGAAGGCUGCCUUAAAGAGAUUUCUGACCAAUGUGUGCUGUUCUAUUAAAUCAAUGUAAUUUCAGAACCUGUAAGUAAAGGGAAAGAUGGGUAAGAUAGGCUGCCAUUGUGUCAGAGAAAACAAAGGUCAGGGGGUGACUUACAGGUUUUCAAGUAAUGCUGUAAAUUAAAAGGGGCUAGGAUUUGGGAAUUAAAAAAAUAAACUAAAUGUCUUGUAGUUUAGAAAUAUACAGAAAUAUACACUUAGAAAUAUACAGAAAUGUACACUUAGAAAUACACAGAAACUAAGUAACUUUGUUAAGGAGUAUGCAGGUAGCUAGAUUGAAAGAAGUAUUUCUAGGAGUCAGGAGAAUCUAAGUUAACAACAAUUAAGUUAAAACUACGCAAUAAUAUAUAGAAGAGAGAAGUAAGUCAAUCUUUUUUAAUUUUUUACUUUUUUUUUAUUCCUGGAUAUGUUUGGGUACAAUGGAUCAUUUUAUCUUGCAGAAUUGUAAUUGCAGAUGGCUAAAAACCUUCUUACAGCUAAGUCAGCAAAAUUAAAGUGAUAGUGUAUUUAAAAUAAAACUCUCUAAAUCUUUCUUAAUAUCAUUCGAAUGAAAAAUAUACAGUACUAGUGAGUUCGUAUCCUAAAUGCUAACCAAUACAUGGUUGAAAUGAUUUUUAUUCCAAUUCAUAUAAUUUAUACAACUUUUUAAUGAAAGACACAUAAUAGCAUCAUUUAAUAUGCCUCAUUCUGUGUACUAUUUGAUAAACUUUGUAUAUAAAUUCUAAAAAACUUUUCUUUUUAAGUAUGAAAUGUACUGCA